GUAGUCCAGACAGACUGACAGCGCCCUUCGGAGAAGCUUGAACGAAGUCACGAAGAAUUCUGGAGAAAUAUCUGUGGAAAUACAUCGAAGAAUAUGUCAGGACUCGUGAAGGCCAAAAAGUAUGAUUGGAAGGACUCAAAUUUAGCCUUAUUUGGCUCAGACACAGAGAAACAGGUCAAAAAAGACUCCGCAAAAACAGAGCCUGCCUGGAAAAACGCUGGCGAACGACCAGGCAUUCAGAUAUGGAGAAUAAGAAAAUUUAAGGUCGUUCAUGAACAAAAAGAAGAGUAUGGAAAAUUUUACAAUGGGGAUUCCUACAUAGUUUUGAACACGUAUCGCAAACCAGAGAGCGAAGAAUUAUUUCAUGAUGUUCAUUUUUGGAUUGGGCAAUAUUCAACCCAAGACGAGUAUGGAACAGCUGCAUACAAGACUGUGGAGGUCGACACAUAUUUGGAUGACAAGCCUGUCCAGCAUCGUGAAGUGAUGAAUCAUGAAAGUGACUUAUUCAAAUCAUACUUUGAGCACAUCACUUUGUUAAAAGGAGGUUUUCAGAGUGGCUUUAGACAUGUGAAGCCCGAGGAGUAUGAAUUGCGACUCCUUCAAGUGAAAGGAGACAAAAAAAAAGUAACCAUUAAAGAAGUGCCACCUUACAAAAGUGUCUUAGAAAAAUCCAGUGGUGAUGUAUUCAUUAUUGAUAAUGGACUUGAAAUUAUUCAGUGGAAUGGAGAAGGUUGCAAUAAAGAUGAAAAGUUCAAAGCUGUUCAAUACCUACAAACAUUGAAGAGUGAUCGCUUUGGCAAACCGAAAGUUAAAUCUUUUGAUGGCCCUCUGACUGAACGUAUAAUGGAACUGUUGAAAGAUGGUGAACCACCCGCUGAUGAGGAUGAUGAAGAGGAUGAUUCAGAUAGUUUCAGUCCUAAACUCCUCAGAUUAAGUGACGAAGAUGGGAAAUUGGCUAUGACCCUUGUCAGUGAAGGAAGUAUUCCUAAAGAUCAAUUGCGAAGUGAAGAUGUGUUUAUUGCUGAUACUGGCAAAGAACUCUUUGUUUGGGUUGGCAGAGGUGCCAGUGAGGGCGAGAAAAAGAAUGGUUUGACAUAUGCACAUAAUUAUUUGAUGAAAACGCAGCACCCAUUGAUUCCUGUAACUGUUUUGAAAGAGGGUGAUGAAAAUGAAGUUUUCCAGAAAAUACUGAAUUAGAUUAUUUUCCAAAGUCAAUUAUUACUUUGUAUAAGCACUUACAAAUGUUAUAAUAGUUUUUCGAAAAUUGAAUAAAGUGCAAUUAGAAUCAACUAAAUUUGAGAAAAUACGCAUUAUCCUAGGACUUUGUAACAUCUUAAAUAUCCAAUAAAAUUAUUUUUGCAUUUUAA